AUGUGUGGAAGAUUUGUGUUCACUAUUGAAGCUGAUCAAAUUCCCCAGGUAUUCAAAGAUGUCCAUCAAAUUCAUAAUGUUGUUGUUGUGUUACCAAGGCAUGCUUACAAGUCCUAUAACAUAUCCCCAACAAACUAUAGUCCUGUACUAUAUAAAAAUUACCUGAAAAAUGAAUCGGGGGAUUCUAAACAUAAGGGCGAGUACAUAGCCAGGUACAUGAAGUUUGGCCUUUUGCCAUCCUGGGCCAAAGACCAGAAGAAAUUUUCAGGAUAUCGGACUUUCAAUGCUCGCAAGGAGAGUCUUAAGCCCAGCUCAAGAUUAUGGGGCUCUUACAUGAAACAUCAACGAUGUGUUAUUCCUGUUGAAGGUUACUACGAAUGGAUACAUGAGAAAACUCCAGCCUCGAAAAAGGCAAAGAAGGCACAGGUCAACAAACGUCCCUAUUAUAUCAGGAAACAGGAAGAAGGCAAAGUUCUUUUCCUUGCUGGUCUUUGGUCUCGGUCAGAACUCAAAGAGAAAAUCCCAAGCGUUGAUAAAGUAUGCGGUUAUGAAGACAAAACUUCAGAACCAUUGACUAAUGAAGUAUGUUCGUUUACCAUCAUCACGGCAUCAGCGCCAAAACAGCUCAAGUGGUUACAUGAAAGAAUGCCAAUUGUACUUGAACCAAACUCCGAAGCAUGGAAUAAGUGGUUAGAUGUUGAUGCCAAUGAAAGUUUUACCCAACCGGAACUAGAAGAGAUUUUGAAGCAUUAUGACAUUGAAGAUUUGGAAUGGUUUGAGGUUUCGCAAGAAGUGAACAAUACUAAAAAUGAUGGCAAGCAAUUGAUUGAAAGAAUCAAUUCUGAAGGCGAUAAGGGUACCACUAAAAAGAAAAGAAAAGAUGAUAUUUCGCUCAUAUUACCUACAAAAAAGAAGAUGAAAGUUGAGGACGAUCAUGCCACAAAACAGGAAGAAGACGAACGAGCAACGGCAAGCAAAGAAGAAACUCAUUCUGAAAAUGAAAAAAUAACUGAGGAAGGUGGUGUAAAAGAGGAGGAGAAAUAG